CGAUGAAUGCGUUUCUCACAAUGGCGUCGUAUAAACCGACGCGCACUCCUGAGGGUUACGGGACACCCCACGAACCCUUUCUCUCGUUGCUUUAGGCUCCCCGCUCAAGGCGACCAUCUGAGCGCUGACUCGUGAUCUUAUCCAUCGGUGCACUGGUCCGCGGACGUAUCCAUGAGCCUUCGUCGGAAGAUUCCUGAUCGCUGGACAUAGUCAUGAGCACAGAAAAAAGAGCUCUUGGCGCUCCAGGUCGGAGUUACACCACAUUCGGCGUAUGUUACGCAGGUCGUAAUGUGCCUCGAUAUCAUGUUUGUACGAAAGAGGAAGAAGUGAACGAAGAGCUUGGGUCGGACAGCGCGCAGCAACACCAAAUCUCAUCUACCCGCCCUGACUGCUCGUCGUCCUCGGGGUCAUAUCAUGCCGAUCACCCUUUGGGCGGGAUAGACGUCCUACAGCCAAGGAACGCGCCCCUCUAUUCACUGCCUUGCGCGAUGCCGUACAAUAUGUCUUGUCAUGAGCAACCUCCAAUCAAUCGCCUGCCAAACGAGAUACUUUGCGGAAUCUUCUUGAUAUGCGGUGACCCGAGUCCUGCGUCCGGAUUUCCGCGUGAUCUCACGAUGCACGAUUUUCACUUGGACCCUCUCAAGGUGACGCUCUAUAGCAGGACUGCAGUCGCCCUCGGACGCGUCUGCUCGCGAUGGAUGAAUAUCACACGUGGUUAUCCCGCGCUGUGGACCAUCGUCGACGUCGAAUAUCCCACAAGGGAAGCCGCGAGCACUCUAAAGCGGUGUUUGGCAUACUCUGCUGGGUUAUCUCUUACGCUGUGGAUCAGCAAAAGCCUGAGAACAGACGCCGACGAAAUGGGUGUCGACCCUCGCUUCAUGUCGCUUGUGGCUGCUAACGCCCAUCGGUGGUCAGAGAUCUCUAUCGAGCUCUUCGAUGAACGCGAGCUUUUGCAGCCUCUGGUGACUCUGCCACGUGGGUCGUUUAGCUCUCUUCGCAACGCACGCAUCUAUCUCUGGCACGGACGUGCCGGUGCGUCCACCUCGGACACCAUGCUAUGGGAUCUGUUCUGCACUUCCCCCCAGCUGGGGUCAGUUGACUGGAUGGCCCAGCACUAUUCCCGGGCUGGACUUGUCGCGGCCCCUUUGCACCAGCUCACGAGGCUUGGCUUGCACUCCAUGGAUCCACACAUGCUUCUGCCCUUUCUCAGCAGUUGCGUCAAACUCGAAGUCCUCCUAAUUGGCAUCACACCGCUAUCGCUUCGGGAUGCUGGCGGACAGCUUUUGAUCCACUCAUCUAUACAUCUUCCUCACCUGCGAGUCCUGAUGCUGCGUGGGGCAAUCAAUUGGGAGCCAUUCUAUUCCUCGUUGACUGCUCCCGCUCUUGAUCGCCUGGAUAUGUCGCGAAUGGAGAUAGAUGGACACGAGAUAGAGCGCAUGCUCUGCAAGUCAAAAGCGCGUCUCAGGAUGCUUGCCAUUCACUGGCCAGUGAAGGACCAAGGAGAUGGUGUUCUCGCUCUUCUUCGAAGCUCGACUCUGCAAUAUCUCGAAGUCGUGCGUUACAAACGCUAUUAUACAGGCGGGCGGAGGCUGGGAUGGGAAGACGCUUUCGACUUGCGACCAUUUGUCCCGGGCCAGAUUUUUUACACGACAAGCUCCGUUGAAGCAGAGCAGUAUUAUUCGUUGAUAAGUAAUAUUUCAAUUUAGUAUACUCGAUUGUACAUUUAAGACACGGGUAGGAGAUAUGCGUGCCCUCAUAAGCGCCACGGAAUGGGUCAUAUUAGAUGCAAAGUCCAUUGACAAGCUUGGCCCUUAUCGUCGAAGAUACUUUGAACAUCGACAAACCCGUGUGCAUCGGUGAGCCUGAAGUGAAGAUCUACCAGGUCGGAGGGGAUGUCAGCCAGCAACUGCUUGCAUGGCAAGGGCGAGCUGAUGCGCAUGGUCGAAGGAUAGACAUGAGGUGAGGACCGCCC